AUGUGGAUCUAUAAUAUUUCUUGCCGUCGCUGGGAUCAGGUUCCAAGGCCCAGAGUUUUCGAGGAUGAGGACGUCCAGACUUUCCUCGAGGAGUUGGAGGACGUCGCGGAGCUCACGGGGGUACGGACGGACCGGGUAAAUGGAUGGCCCUCCGAGCGCUUCUUAAGAGCCGGGCGCGAAGAGGCCCGGAGAACAUGGGGUACACCGCCUCAAACAACGCCCUGA